AUGGCAAUGUGUUCAUCAUCGUCAUCGUCUUCGUCUUCUCAGAAAACAUGGAUCGUACACGGGAUCGUGGCCGGAACCGCGAUUGCUGCGGCGAUUGGCGCAAGAGCGUAUCUGGGUCGAUCCAGGAAAUUCCGGAGCCGGGUCGUCGGAAUCAUCCCCGCCCGUUACGCUUCCUCUCGAUUCGAGGGUAAGCCUCUCGUGCAAAUCCUCGGCAAACCCAUGAUCCAGAGGACUUGGGAGAGAUCGAAAUUAGCCGCUACGCUGGAUCACGUUGUUGUAGCCACGGAUGAUGAAAGGAUCGCGGAUUGCUGUCGAGGAUUUGGUGCAGAUGUCAUCAUGACUUCAGAGUCUUGCAGAAAUGGCACAGAACGUUGCAACGAAGCACUAGAAAAGCUGGAGAAGAAGUAUGAUGUGGUUGUUAACAUCCAAGGAGAUGAACCACUUAUUGAGCCUGAGAUUAUAGACGGUGUAGUCAAAGCACUUCAGGUAGCACCUGAUGCAGUGUUUAGCACAGCGGUGACAUCGUUGAAACCAGAAGACGGGCUUGAUCCGAACCGAGUCAAAUGUGUGGUGGACAACCGUGGCUAUGCUAUCUAUUUCUCGAGGGGUUUGAUUCCUUAUAACAAGAGCGGUAAAGUCAAUCCGGAUUUCCCCUACAUGCUCCAUCUUGGAAUCCAGAGCUUUGAUUCGAAGUUUCUGAAAGUAUAUUCGGAGCUUCAGCCAACGCCAUUGCAGCUAGAAGAGGAUCUAGAGCAGCUCAAAGUCCUUGAGAAUGGCUACAAGAUGAAGGUAACACAAGCAUUUCUCCUAAAAGCAUCUAAAGGAAGAAAAGAAUUAAGCCUUCGCUUAGAGAAUAUAAGAGAGAAGUAG